GACCUUAUUCUUGAUUCAAGUCUUAUAUAACGCUGUUGCGAGCCAAACAUCUUGUCUUCUUGUUUCGCGCCGUUGUCAUCAUCAUUUGUAUUUGUAGACAUGUUGGCCGACACUAGAAAUCUGGAGACUCUCUCCGCCCUCUCUGUUGAACGCCAUGUCUCCACAACUGCCUCGGGUUCCACUGUGAUAAGCUACGCUAAGGACCUGGGGGAAGGCCCUGUCCUGUGGCUCGUUCACGGCUAUCCUCAGUCUGCUUACAUUUGGCGCCAUCUUAUCCCUCAACUGCAGGACAAAAUCUCUCUAUUUGUACCUGAGCUGCCGGGUUAUGGCCUCAGUACUCGUCCCAAGAAGGAUGGAAUCGCCACCGUCGGCGCUGCACUGCUUGAAGCGAGCAAUGAUUUAUUCCCCAACCGACCUAUCAUUUUAGCCGGUCAUGAUCGUGGUGCUCGCGUCUGUCAUCGCCUUGCCGUGCUUAACGCUCAUCCUCCUCAAGAUGAGUCUGCUAAACUGCACUCUUAUAAGCUCCUAGGUACGGUCUGUCUCGACAUUGUACCUACUUUGGUUCAAUGGCAGGCUUUCGCCAAACCUGUUGCCAGCACUACUUACUUUCACUGGCCUCUCCUGGCCUCACCCCUCGGACCCCAUAUGGUUGAAGCCUUUGGCGGUGCAAAGUGGACGCAUAUGGGAUUGGAUCGCAUCUGUGGUGAUAAUAUCGAAGGUCGCAAAGCCAUGCAAUCCGAUCAAGCCUGGGAGGUUUACGAGUCUCUGCACUCGAAGCGCGAAACUAUUGAAGGCUCUUGUGCAGACUAUGCAAGUGGCUGCUUUGAUGAGCCACCUCUCCAGGAAGCAGAUCAACGCGAAGGUCGGAAAGUCGAAGUUCCCAUCCUCGUGAUGUGGAGCCAGGCAAAGCUAGCGAAGAUGCACAAUGAUGUCGGAGCUAUCUGGAAGGACUGGGUUAAAGAUGCUUCUCUGCUGACCGCUCGGAGCGUCGGUGAUGGCGUCGGCCACUAUCUGCCCGAAGAAGCAAGCACAGUGAUUGGCAAAGCUGUCAAAGACUUUGUGGCGCAGGUGACAAAGUGAUGUACUUGCAUGACUAUCAACGACCAUAGAAACACAUUGUCUGCAAUUUCCCGCUGUCUACUGGUCUCAUGUACACUGCAAUUUUGCUGCGUGAUAAGCCCCGUAUAAAAGCGAUUGAUCCCCAUCCCUGUUGUAUUCCUUCACACUGCGCCAUAACGGACUGGUGGAACUGUGCUGAGCUCGAAUCCUGGCCCCAAUGAGUCCGAAAGCGUACGUCCAAUUCGGGCACCUGGAGUUACAACUAAUAGGAUGGAUAGCGAAAGGAUCAAGGUCCAUGUAUCCUCAUACGAUGUCUAGGCUCCCAUGAUCAAUGACACAUUCGGCUACUCAUACUGGCAUCAACAUGACAGAUGAGGUGUCGUAGACCUGAAACUCUACCCAUGCUCUCCAAAUUUAAUGCAGACACGACCUCGGUGUCCCAGUGUCCAUGCAGUAAUGUGACGUAGCCGCUGAUUAGUAGAGGUAUGAUGAAGGCAACCA